AUGAUUGUAACACAGGGUAAAGUCGGCGAUUUGAAAUAUACGAAUAAUGAGCAGAUUUCAUCGUCAAAAUUUUAUUUCUCAAAAUUAUAUAUCACAUUGGGUACGAUCUGUGUUCUCGUUCUUACCGUUCUGGCAUUAUCAAUAGCAUUAGGUGUCAUAUCUAAUAGAAGAAAAAGUGACAUUGUUCAUGUAUACACUAAUAUAGAACCUAAUAAAACGAUACCAUCGUUAGUCGAUUCAAUAAACAUCGAUCAAUUAUUAACACAUUUAAAAAAUCUUCAACAAAUUGCUCAAUCAUCAAAUGGUACACGGAUGAUCCAUUUACAAGGAUUUAAUUCUACUGUUGACUACAUCUACUCACAUUUAACUCAAAGAACAAAUUUAGUCAAUAUUCAAAAGCAACAUUUUUAUGUGAACAAUUUCAUGGUGGAUGGUACACCGAUUCUGACAGCUUUUGUCGAUGGAAAACAACUUAAUUUUACUUAUUAUUCUAAUUUUACUCAUAUGAUCUACACAGGUCAAGCAACAAAUUGGACUUUACUUGGCUAUUCAUUAUCGAUUAUUCCGAAUUUGGGUUGUGUCGACAAUGAUUGGCUGGAUGCUCGGGAUCGUGUUGCACUUGUUAGAAGAGGAAACUGUACGUUUACUGAAAAAAUUCGUUUGGCGACGAAAGUAGGUGUGAAAGGAUUUCUAUUGUAUAAUGAUGGUUUACCUUCUGCUCCUUCGAAUCGAGAAAUAUUAAAUAAUACACGUGCUUCAGAAGGAACAACAUUUCCCACGUUGUUUCUGUCGUAUCAAGCUGGUCAAACUCUUUUGAUAAAUCCUCAAAAUACAACUGUUUUUAUCACCAUCAAACUCAAAGAUGUUCCACCAUCAGCAGUUACAAAUAUUUGUGCUGAUACUCACUCUGGUGAUAAAACACAAACAAUUGUCAUUGGUAGUCAUAGUGAUAGUGUACAAGCAGGAAAUGGUAUUAAUGAUAAUGGAAGUGGAACAGCUGCUAAUCUUGUUUUAGCAACAAAUUUGGAUAAAUUAUUUCAGAUGUCAACGUAUCGUCCAUACGCCUAUCGUGUUCGAUUUUGCUGGUGGGGCGGAGAAGAAUUUGGUUUACUCGGGUCGAAAGAUCACGUAAUGAAAGCAAAAAAUAAUUCGAUCGUUGGUGAAAGAUUACAAGAUUAUUUAGUAAAUUUGAAUUUUGACAUGCUCGGUUCACCAAACUUCAUUUUUGGUAUUUAUAAUGGAGCUUCGGCUAAUAAUAUGACGACACCAGCACGUGCUAUUCCUGGUAGUAUUAAAUUAACUGAAAUAUUUCGAGAUUAUUUCAAUAGAAAACAAUAUCCAUGGGAUUUGACAAAAUUUGAUGGUCGAAGUGAUUAUGGACCAUUUUUAGCCGAAGGUAUUGCAUGUUCAGGUUUGACGACGGGAGCUGAUGGUGUUAAAACUCAAGAGCAACGUGAUCGUUAUGCAACAAUGUUAGGUCAACAAAAAAUUGGUCUAGGUAUGCCUAAUGUUAUUUAUGAUCCAUGUUAUCAUAAAGUGUGUGAUACCGUUCAAAAUAUUCAUUUAUUCGCUUAUGAAACAAUAGUACAAGCAGCAGCAUAUACUAUUGAAUAUUUGGGACGAUUAAAUGAUUUGAAAGCAUAUUUAUAUCCGUCAUGA